CACAUAGUGUGUUCGGAUCGGUGGUCAUUCAGUACAUAUUAUAAACUGUAAGAGAUCACAGUUUUCGAAAGUUUCGAAAUGAAGUUCAUUUUCGUUGCUACUAUUGUGAGCGCAUUAGCGCUGAGUUUGUGCUCCAGUUCAAAUGUAACUGGUGAUUACUCGCCUUUCUACAAAAGUUUAGUUACGCGGGAAACAUAUCACCAUUACGCCAACGAUAGCGAUCCAACCGAUCGAAUCUACUUCUCCACUCAAUUCGAACAUAUGCUGACAGAACAAUACUUUCAAGCACAAUCCUUCAUUGUUGAUGCAUGGAUGAAAUGCGGUAAAGUUUUCGUAAUGAAGAAUGUUGACGAUGCGAUAGAUAUUUUUAAAAAUCCUCCACUCGGCCGGCGAAGGGUUGCCACAAGCGAUAUGCAAUGUCUGUAUCACUGUAUAAUGAACAGAACAGGCAUGACUGAUGACGGCUUUCAAGAGGCCCCGUACAUGAAACUCAUCAAACAACUUCGAUUCAAUUACACAUCGUUCGACGUAGACGAACUGCGUGGUAAAACAAAAUUGAAAUUACUGGCUUCGAUUAGGAGUCUAGCGAAUGGUCUGAACAAUUACAAAAUGAUUACGUACCAAAAUGCGCCACAUCCGGAUGAGGCCUACUAUCUUAUAGAAUCGUAUGCUCGAGCGGCAUAUAAAUGCAAAGACGUGGACUUGGGGAUACUUAAUAAAUGUGAGGACUGUUGGAACGUUAUAAGGUGCAUACUCCUGCAAAAUCGACUAACGGAUUUUGACAGCCCAUUUUUUCCGCUUUGGGUGAAAUAAUUGAAAAAACUUACACGGAAUGUUUGCCCGUCGACACUGUUGCGACAAAAUUGAAUUAACAUGAAGACUUGGUUUGUAACAUUGUGUAGUGUUCUGAAUAAAAAUGUUUUUAUUUUUCUGUUUACAA